AAACCACCUGGAUUAAUAAUAAUAAUAAGAAUAAUUUAAAAUUCAUCAAUUGUGUUUGGGGUUUUUUUUUUUAAAAAAAAAACGAAGUGUGUUUGGUUACGCCGUUUCAAAUAAUCAUUAUUAUUACGAUAAUAAUAAUAAUAAGAAUAAUAAUCAUAAUAGUUACAGUUUCUUUAUUGGGUUGUAAAUUUAUCAUCUUUUUUCUUUUUUUUUUUUUUUGAAUUCUUAUUGAGAAAGUAUUUUUUUUUUUUUUUGUGUUUGGUGUGAGAUUUAUUUUUCCAUCUCUGUGACUGUGGGACGUGAAAUACGCGUUGAUUAUAGUGGUGCGGAUUAACGAAUUAUGUCAGUGUUUAGUAAUAGUGACGACAGAAUUCUCCUAGAGGAAAUCGUUGAAGCAGUAGAAGUAGAGGAGCACGAAACCGAACUCUGCAGCAGCAGCGAGGGUGCGGACGAGGGUUCCGUGGCCACUAACGUGGUCAUCGGGGAACACCCUGACCUUCAGGAAUCGAACGACGGACAAGGUAUUAACUUGAACGGUCACAACGGGAACAACGGCAUAGUAGGACGGGCCACGCCAAGAAGUCACAUGGAGCAAGAGAAGAGAAUGAGGCGUGAAAUCGCCAACAGCAACGAACGAAGGAGGAUGCAGAGUAUCAACGCCGGAUUUCAAUCGCUCAGAACACUCCUGCCGCAUCACGAAGGCGAGAAACUGUCCAAGGCGGCGAUACUGCAGCAAACAGCAGAGUAUAUUUAUCAGUUGGAACAAGAAAAGACGCAACUAUUAUCACAAAAUUGUCAACUCAAGCGAUUGGUCAAUCAGCACGAAGGCGGUGAUGUACCGAUAAAGAAACGCAAGGCUGAUAACCAAGGAGUAGUUGUCAGUGUGCCGAUGCAUGUUAAUGAAAGUGGAGAUGAAGGAUUAGGAAGUAUGUCUCCGGAACCAUUAUCUGUAAUUACCGUCUCUGCAGAGGCACAUGCAGUGUCGAGCAGCGAAGUGGCUGAGCUCAGGCGGCAACUAGAAAGAGAACGUCGCGCAAGGCUACGCAGCGAAGAACAGAUGAGAGUUAUGCAGAACCAAAUAUACCCUGAAAGAUUCAGGGAUACCCAGCUGAUCGCUUAUCAACCACACGAGGUGAUCGAGCACACGGACAAUGUCAUGGCUCAGGAAACAGAAGAUGCGGUAGCUUCGUUACAAGUUGUUUCCGUGGCUACCUUACCUCCUGUAGGUUCAACACAAACAGUUGAAACCACUACGCCGGAUCCCAGUCCUUCCCCAUCUCCUCCACUCUCAGAAAUGAUACCAGAAGAGAUCAAGGAGGAAGUUUCCCGUCCCAGUACACCUAAAAUCGUCACAUUCACACAAAGUCAGGUGUUCUCUACACCCACAAAACAAAAGCUUGGGUCAUUUUCCCCGACACAUGUGACUUAUGGGACAACACCAUCUGAAUUCAAAAACGUCACCGCUCAGUUUAUAUCCACGAGUCCAACCAGACCCUUUUCCCCACCUGCCGAACCUCAGCGAUUACCUAGCGUGCUUGAAGCUGCUAUGAAAGCUGAGCCCAAAGUUGAGGUUGAAAGGUUGCCUUCGCCAGCGAAUUCCUUAGACGAUGGAACGCCUCAAGCUAGAUUAUACCUUGCUAACACAUCGCGCCAAAAUUUGGAAACUAUCGUUGAAGCGAUACGCCAUUUAGAAGGCGAUCACUUGUUCAGUGACGAACCAGCCCAGGACGCACCUUUGGCUCUUACAAACAAGCCAACUGUGGCACCUGCAACAACGACGAAACAGCGGCUGCUCCAUGCAGAAAUGAACAACUUCCUUCAGUUCCAUUCGCAACAGCAAACCCAACAACGACCAGGUGUUAUCGUUGUGAAACAUUCGUGAUCGUCCAUCACGACACGCUCAAAAAAUUAACCCCCACGAUCCCAGUACAUUGACUUCACUUAAAAUUAAAUGGAUAAAUCCUCCAAUAUUUCAUAAUCAGUUUGAUUUUUUUUUUUCUUUAUUCUUUACUAGACUCGUAAAUAUGCAAUCUUCGACAGCCCUGUGUCAUUAACUAAACAAAUUGGGCAUUUCGUUCGUAUCGUGCAGCGAUUAUUCAUUCAGUUUUCUGUACUGAAGCUGUAUGAUUUUUCUUACAAAAUAAUAUCGACUUUGCAAUUAUUAUCAUAAAAGACCAUUGAACUUUGGUCGCUGAUACUUGAGUAUCUCUAGGUAAGAAAUUUUUACAAAAUGAAUAGACGCUACGCGAUGUUGGACUAAGUAGGUAAUGUCUUUCAAACAAUGUUAACGCAAAACGGGCAAUCAUAUUUCUGAAUAGCGUCUGAUCCUUUGGGCUACUUUUUUCUUCUGCUCGGGCGAUAAACCUGAUGAAAUCUCUAUUUUAUGAUUGAACAAAGUUACAAUGUCUUGGCGUUGAUUGGAACCCCUUGACGGACGCGUGAAAAGAAUAUUGAUGUUAUACAUUAAAAAUAUCUCAUGUAAAAGUUUCCGAAAUCCGGCGUCUAAACACGCUACAAUUGACAGUUUGAAUUGAUAAUCCUUCAAUUUUUUAUUACAUAGAACGUUGAUUGUUGCAAAUUGGAGUUGAAGUAGAUCUAUUCUAUAUUUAUUAUUACCACGUAUACACCUGAAAUCGUAUGUAAUCUUUUUCUUGUACAUACUUCCGAUUUUCUAUGUAUUCUACGAAUUAUAACAAGGAACACGCUUCUGUUCUGAAUCUCGCUCGAUGGACAAUUGUUUUUAUGUUUUCACAGAUCGAGCAAAAGUGUUUUUCUCCAUUAAGGUAGGCUUAAGAUCAACGUUAUUAUAACAUUACUAUUCCUAAUUAUUAAGAACACGCUGUAUAAUAAGAUAUUUACGUUUUUUUUUACGUUGUUACAGAAAACUGAUGACAAAAAAAUAUUAUGUUUCUCAAUGUUUUCAGUCAUUGUUGAACGCCACAAAAGAAAAAGAAAGAAAAAAAAAUCAAAAUAUGCAUACUUAAUAUUUGACACACAUUAAGAUGUAAUAAAAGUAUUCUAAGGGAGAUAACGGUUGCAAUUCGUUAUUUUGUUUAAUUUUUUUUUUUUACCUGUGUUUUUUUCACAUUCGUGUUUGCACCGUAAUGAAAUUUCAUUGAAUUUUAUUUAAUCUGUGCCAAAUAUCGAGUACCGAGACGUUUGUUCCUUUGUACACAUAUAGCUGUAGAGUUAGAAUGACAGAGUCAGUCAGUGAUGGCAAAUGUUGCUAUGAUAUUAAAUCUACCUCGUACGUACAGGUAGUAUCGCACCUCUCUAGGUGUGAAUUAACAAUUAUUGUACACCGAGAAAUAAUUUAUGUUGGAAAAAGAAA